UUGGGGCUGUUCUUCCGGGUUGGAGGCGCUCCGCCGCGGGCCGAGCCCUCGUCUGCCAGCGCGGCGGAUCGUUCUCCCGCAGCCAGGGGCUCGCAGCCCGCAGCCCUCGCCCGCCGCCGGCCCUGCCCUCGCCCGCCGCCGGCCCUGUGAUUCACCAUCAAGGAAUUGGGGAUUCGGAAAGUUGGGAGCCCAAAUCAUGGCAAAUCUACUGAAAAUGGUGAUGACUGGCUGUUCAUGUCCUUUACUUAGCAACUUGGGGUCCUGUAAGACUCUACCUGGGAAGAAGGAUUUUUUACGAACAUUCCAUAUUCAUCAGGCCCUGUGGUGUAAAUCCCCUGUAAAACCAGGAAUUCCAUAUAAGCAGUUGACUGUUGGGGUCCCCAAGGAAAUUUUCCAAAAUGAGAAGCGAGUAGCAUUGUCUCCUGCUGGUGUUCAGACCUUGGUCAAGCAGGGUUUUAAUGUUGUGGUGGAGUCAGGUGCGGGUGAAGCCUCCAGGUUCUCCGAUGAUCACUACAGAGCAGCAGGGGCUCAAAUCCAAGGCACGAAGGAAGUGCUGGCUUCUGAUCUGGUGAUCAAAGUGCGUGCCCCCAUGAGUAAUCCAGCAUUAGCUGCUCAUGAAGCUGACUUUUUAAAGCCAUCAGGAACACUGAUUAGCUUUAUUUACCCAGCCCAAAAUCCAGACUUGCUAAGUAAACUUUCUGAAAGAAAAACUACCGUUCUGGCGAUGGAUCAGGUUCCAAGAGUCACAAUUGCUCAGGGAUAUGAUGCUCUAAGCUCCAUGGCCAACAUUUCUGGUUAUAAGGCUGUUGUUCUAGCAGCUAAUCAUUUUGGAAGGUUUUUUACUGGUCAGAUCACAGCUGCUGGAAAAGUUCCUCCAGCUAAGAUCCUGAUAGUUGGUGGUGGUGUUGCCGGACUUGCUUCUGCAGGUGCAGCCAAGUCAAUGGGUGCAGUUGUCCGAGGUUUUGAUACAAGAGCUGCAGCUUUGGAGCAGUUCAAGUCUCUUGGUGCUGAGCCCUUGGAGGUGCCCUUGAAGGAAUCUGGAGAAGGCCAAGGAGGGUAUGCAAAAGAGAUGUCUAAAGAGUUCAUUGAAGCCGAAAUGAAGCUCUUUGCUCAGCAGUGCAAGGAGGUGGACAUCCUCAUCAGCACAGCCCUGAUUCCAGGUAAAAAGGCUCCGGUUUUAUUUAGUAAAGAGAUGAUUGAGUCAAUGAAGGAAGGUUCAGUUGUUGUGGAUUUAGCUGCUGAGGCUGGUGGAAACUUUGAAACCACAAAGCCAGGAGAACUUUAUGUUCAUAAGGGUAUUACUCAUAUAGGCUAUACAGACCUUCCCAGCCGGAUGGCCACUCAGGCCAGCACUCUCUAUUCCAACAACAUCACCAAACUCCUGAAGGCCAUCAGCCCUGACAAGGAUAAUUUUUAUUUUGAAGUGAAAGAUGAUUUUGACUUUGGUACAGUGGCUCAUGUCAUUAGAGGAACUGUUGUGAUGAAGGAUGGAAAAGUGAUUUUCCCGACUCCCACACCAAAAAAUAUUCCUCAAGAAGCCCCAGUCAAAGAGAAGAAAGAAACUGGGAAGGAAGGUGAAAAAGCGAGUCCUGUUUCUCUGUACACCAAGACGCUGAAAAACGCUUCUGUGUAUGCAGCAGGUCUUACUGGGAUAAUGGGUUUGGGCAUUGUGGCUCCAAAUCUAGCCUUUUCUCAGAUGGUGACCACUUUUGGCCUGUCUGGCAUCAUUGGGUACCACACUGUCUGGGGAGUGACCCCUGCUCUCCACUCACCACUGAUGUCUGUGACUAAUGCAAUCUCAGGCUUGACUGCAGUUGGUGGGUUGGCCUUGAUGGGAGGACAUCUGUAUCCUUCCACAUUUCCUCAGAGUCUUGCUGCUCUUGCUACGUUCAUAUCCUCAAUCAACAUUGCAGGUGGUUUCCUGGUGACUCAGAGAAUGCUGGAUAUGUUCAAGCGACCCACAGAUCCUCCAGAAUUCAAUUACUUAUACCUGAUCCCUGCUGGCACUUUUGUGGGUGGAUAUUUAGCUGCCCUUUACAGUGGUUAUAACAUUGAAGAGAUCAUGUACCUGGGUUCAGGCUUGUGCUGUGUUGGUGCCCUGGGCGGCCUUUCCACACAGGGAACAGCUCGACUUGGCAAUGCAUUGGGCAUGAUUGGGGUUGCUGGAGGCCUGGCAGCCACUCUUGGAGGCCUGAAACCAGAUCUAGAAUUGUUAGCUCAGAUGUCUGGAGCAAUGGCUUUGGGUGGUACCAUUGGACUGGCAAUUGCGAAACGCAUCCAGAUUACUGAAUUACCUCAGUUAGUUGCUGCUUUUCACAGUUUAGUGGGGUUGGCAGCUGUACUUACUUGCGUAGCUGAGUUCAUUGUAGAAUAUCCACAUUUUGGUGUGGAUACAGCAUCAGAUUUCACCAAGAUGGUGGCCUACCUUGGCACUUACAUUGGUGGAAUAACCUUUAGUGGAUCUCUUAUUGCCUAUGGAAAAUUACAGGGUCUCUUGAAGUCUGCCCCUCUGCUGCUACCUGGAAGGCACUUUCUCAAUGCAGGCUUGUUGGCUGCUAGUGCAGGUGGGAUGAUCCCAUAUAUGAUUGACCCCAGCUUUACCACUGGCAUUGCCUGUCUGGCCUCUGUGUCGGCGCUCUCUACUAUCAUGGGUGUGACUUUGACAGCUGCUAUUGGGGGUGCUGACAUGCCAGUUGUCAUCACUGUGUUGAACAGCUACUCAGGCUGGGCUCUGUGUGCAGAGGGCUUCCUGCUCAACAACAACCUGCUGACCAUUGUGGGUGCUCUCAUCGGCUCUUCUGGUGCUAUCCUGUCAUACAUCAUGUGUGUGGCAAUGAAUCGCUCCCUGGCUAAUGUGAUUCUUGGAGGAUAUGGCACCUUGUCAACAGCUGGUGGAAAAUCCAUGGAAAUUUCUGGCACACAUACAGAAAUCAACCUUGACAAUGCAAUUGAGAUGAUCCGGGAAGCUAAUAGCAUUGUUAUUACUCCAGGCUAUGGUCUCUGUGCAGCCAAAGCUCAGUACCCCAUUGCUGAUUUGGUAAAGAUGCUUACUGAACAAGGCAAAAAAGUCAGGUUUGGAAUUCACCCAGUUGCAGGCCGAAUGCCUGGUCAGCUUAAUGUGCUUCUGGCUGAGGCGGGGGUGCCCUAUGAUAUUGUGUUGGAAAUGGAUGAGAUCAACAGUGAUUUCCCAGACACUGAUUUGGUUCUUGUAAUUGGAGCUAAUGACACUGUUAAUUCUGCGGCUCAAGAAGAUCCCAAUUCUGUUAUUGCAGGCAUGCCAGUCCUUGAGGUCUGGAAAUCCAAGCAGGUCAUUGUCAUGAAGAGGUCCCUGGGUGUUGGCUAUGCUGCAGUGGACAAUCCAGUCUUCUACAAACCAAACACGUCCAUGCUUCUGGGUGACGCCAAGAAGACAUGUGAUGCUCUUCAGUCCAGAAUUCGAGAGUCCUAUCAGAAGUAAAUACUGAAGAUCAAGCUGUGACUUCAGUUGUAGAAAUAGGCAAAUAAAGCACGAGUGAAAGUGUCUGAAACACAUCAGCGGCAAAGCUCUUAGAAGAAAAGACCCAAGAAAGCCUACCACAUCAAGGGAGAUUUUUCAAGAACGAUGAUCCCUUGAUUUAAAAAAAGCAUCAAAAAUUCUACCUAUGUAUAUAUAUAUAUUUGUGUGUGUUAAAAAGUAAAAAGUAUUUUGUAAAAGUUAAAAAGAAAGCCUCAUUUUUAGAUGUGAUCCUCUUUGAUUCUUAAAUUCCCUUUCAGUAGCCAGAAAUGAUUUCAAAAGUUGAAUAGGAUUUCAGGACAUACUUUAUACUUUGAUCUGAAGAAUAUUACACAGUAUGAAUAUUGCAGGCACCCACAUUUAGUUUUUUUUUUUUUCAGGUAAUGUGAUUAAUUUGAAACUUUUAUCAACUCCUGACCUAUGUUCUUACAUGUUAGCCGUAGUCUGAAUUGAUCAUAUCAAAUCUGUUUCAGGUUUUCAGAUUCUAGAUUUCAAGGAUAUAUUUUCUUACUUCUAUUUUAAUACAUAAAAGGACUAGACAAACUUUCAGAGAUGCUGGAAACAAGUAAUUUUACAUCAAAGCAGUAGAUAACCUUUCAAAAUGCUGGAAACAAUCUGCUUUGUAUGUUCAAUAAAAUGAACUUAAAAUUAAUUAGUUGUGUUUUUGAAAACCCCAUUUUCAAUUGGAGAUUUCUUUAAUUUCACUCAACUUAUAAUGUGUGGUACUAUAUUAAGUGCACUAGAAUGGAAUUCAACUAUUUGACUAAUAAAUGAGUUCAUCAUGUUUGCAAGUGA